GCGACGUAGAUCGAAUCGGGAAAAAACGAAGCUGUGUCAAAUCUAAAGCCCGCUAGCGGCAGAAAUUGGAUCUUCAUUUUCCCCGGUACCGAAUCUUCGCUGCUUGAUCUCCGACCAGACAUUGAUUUGGUGGGACAAUGAAUUUUCUGCUUCGGUCCACCCAUCAUGUAACUGCAGAACCACCUCCAAUUCCUGAACCUGUGGUGGACUCAACGUCAGCACCAAAAUCUACGACUCUAGAAAGCCUUAUUGUUGAGGAUCCAUUUCCACAGUAUCCAGCAGAAGAAGAUCACUAUGAAGAAAAUGAUGGCUUUGAAGGUGAAAAUGGUGGUGUUGUGGGUCCAAGCAAAAAGAAAAUUUCUGCUAUGAUGGAGAACCACACCAAUGUUUCUGAAGAAGAAGGAUGGAUUACUAUUCCAUACAAGGCUCUCCCUGAUGAUUGGAAUCUUGCGCCAGAUAUACAAUCUCUUCUUUCCCUGGACCGGUCAUUUGUUUUUCCUGGUGAACAAGUCCAUAUUCUGGCAUGUUUGUCAGCAUGUAAGCAGGAAACUGAAAUUAUUACUCCAUUUAAAGUUGCUGCAGUAAUGAGUAAAAAUAUCUUGGGGAAGGGUAUAGAGAAACAAAAUGGAACCAUGGAAGGGGAGACAAGAUCAGUGUCCAGAGAAGGGGAUGUGAGUAAUACUAGUAAAGUAAUAGAUCAGAACGGUAAAAACUUUGAAAGAGAGAAGACCGAUCUGCAAAAGGAUGUUUCUGCUAGUGAGUCAUUUCUUAGGAUGGAGGAUCAAAGAAGACGAACAGAAACAUUAUUGCAAAGAUUUAAGGACUCCCAUUUUUUUGUUAGGAUUGCUGAGUCAGGUGAGCCUCUAUGGUCAAAAAAAGGUUCUCGGACAUUAUCAGAGUCGUAUGAGAUGGACCGUCAACAGUCUACUGCAAAUGAAACCCAAAAAGCUGUGAAGAACAUGUCUUGUCUUAAUGCAGUUAUUGAUAGAGGAAAUUUUGAUGCUAAUGUUUCUGGUGGAGUUGCUAGAGAUGCUGUUAGGUGUUGCUCUCUUCCUAAUGGUGACAUAGUGGUACUUUUACAAGUGAAUGUUGGUGUUGAUUCUUUGAGAGAUCCUGUCAUUGAGAUUCUUCAAUUUGAGCAAUGUCAGGAUAGAAAGUCUUCUGACAACCAGAACAAUUUAAAUAAUGCAAAUCAGGACCCUUGUAGUGAGCUCUUAAAGUGGCUGCUUCCUUUGGAUAACAUUCUUCCUCCCCUACCUCGUACUUUAACUCCUCCUGCUAUAGGUUCUAGUUCUGGGAUUGCUAGCACAUCUCAGAGGUAUGUUUCUUCCUCCUCUGGUUCUCAGCUCUUCUCUUUUGGUCAUCUAAGAAGUUACUCCAUGUCAUCACUUCCUCAAAGUUCUCUCCCACCAACUGGGCCUGUUAAUGUCCAAAGUUCUAAGCCUUCCUUCAACCUGGAAGAAUGGGAUCAUUACUCAUCCCAGAAGAUUUUGACAAGUCGAAUGAAGGGAAUAGAAGGGCCAUUAUCCUUCAGGGGUGUAUUACUAGAACGAGAAAGGUUUACUGUCCAUUGUGGAUUGGAAGGAAUCCAUAUUCCAGGAAGACGAUGGAGGAAGAAGAUUGAGAUUAUUCAACCUGUUGAGAUACACUCUUAUGCUGCUGACUGCAAUACUGAUGAUCUUCUCUCUGUUCAGAUAAAGAAUGUUGCUCCAGUGCAUAUAGCAGAUCUUGUAGUCUACAUUGAUGCUAUAACGGUUGUUUUUGAUGAGGCUUCAAAAGGUGGACCACCUGCUUCAUUGCCAAUUACAUGUAUUGAAGCAGGAAAUGACCACAGUUUGCCAAAUCUAGCCCUCAGAUGUGUUCCUUCUCAAUCUACGGCUACCAUCAAGCUUGAGCUACUUCCACUGACUGAUGGUAUAAUUACUCUUGAUACUUUACAGAUUGGUGUCAAGGAGAAAGGUCUGACAUAUGUCCCUGAGCACUCACUGAAGAUAAAUGCAACUUCCAGUGUCUCCACAGGGUUUAUUUAGGAGGGAUAGCAGUAGCACGUUUGGUUUCUCGCGGGACUUUAUCUGGAGCCAUCAAGGAAUUUCGAAGUAUCUUUCAUAAAGGUAGCUGGCAUUUGGCUUCGAAUUUAUUGUGCAACUGUUGUCAACUGUUGUCACUACGAGUAAGUGACGCCAAUUUGUCACGAAACAUCUCAUGUAAACUAUGAUGUUGAGAAUUCUGUUUGUCAUAUAUACCCCUUAGAUGGGAAAGAAAAGUUCUUUGUAGAUGAAUCCACCAGUGUGAAGUGUAUUUGGGAUUACCGAACAAUUUCAGAGGAAUAACUGGGUUGCCCUGUGAUUUAUGUAUUGACCACACAAAAUUUGUUUAAACUCAGCCAUCAUGUGUUUGAAA